UUAUUGUUCGUCUUGGUCCUGCCUCUUGACCCUUUUUUUAUAUAUACCACCAGCCUUAUCCCUCAGCCCAGCCACUGUACCAUCUUGAACCCCAAUCAUUCAAGCAUUCCACCUGCCCAUCCAGACAUCCUAUCGACCCAUCGUCCAUUGGUAGUGCCAUCUCAGCGUGACGUCAGGAAACAUACUGUAGCGCAGCAUCGUGCUUGUAUUCAUCCCAUCAUCAUGUCUUCCUCGAAACAGAAGAGGGUCCAUUAUGAGCAUGACACCAAAGAAGGCAAAUCUUCACAUGGCCAUCGCAGCAGCAGAGACUCGGGUGUUGGCAGCAGCAGCAUCAGUGACCGAGCAUCUCUUGGGUCAGCACGAGGUGACGACCCCCCAUACAGUCGACAGCAGCUGGAGGACCAGAGACACGACUUGAGAGCCGUCCAAGAAGCACUUAGUGCCGCAAAUAAGACCAUAAGACAGCUUGAAGCGAGCAAGGUGAAACUGGAUGCCCUACUCACCGAGAGCAACAAAGAGAAUCGACUACUGAAGAGGGAGAAGGUGGAGUUGAUGACAAGGGUUGACUUCUUGAUGGAUGAGCUCGAGGAGAGGAAAUCCAAGGACCGCUCCAGACGAGAAGCAACAUCCUCACGCACUUCUGCUGCUGUUGCUUCCUCUAGUGCCCGGACUGAUAGGAGAACCACACCUCCAGCACGGGACGGGACUGAUAUUCGCCAACGCCGUCGUGAGGAUGAGGCUUCUCUGGCCAGCCAUGGUGAACGAAGGCCUCCUCCGUCGUACAACUCAGAUCCGAAUCCGUUCUCUCCAAUUCCAGCACGACGGUUAUCAGUAUCCUACGCCACAGCACCAACAAUGCCAACAUAUGCUCCAGCAGCAGUGGCCUACUCAGCUGCGCCGACCUUCCCGACUUCUUCAUCCUCCGGCCAUUAUCCAAAUGAUGGUCUAUACCAUCCAUACCCCUUGUGAACAUGAAUGCCUUAUAUGACAGGCCACAAGAGCCAUAGCGAGAACUGUGACGAUCCUUUCCCUUUCAAGAAUAUGAUCCCCCACCAUUGUUACCCCACUAUUGGUGGCGGAUUGAUUCGCUAGUCAGGGCGCGCCUUAUCGUAUCCCCAGGUCCAGGGUUUCCAUCCCCAGAGCAAUCAAUCUUCCGUGACUCACUGUGGGGAGAGUAUCUAUCUUCACCCUCACUUCUUUCGAAUAUGUUCCGACCGGAUUGAAUUAUCCAUCCAAGGGGACGACGCAUCAGGAUGCCCAAGUUCUACGAUUCCAUCUCAGAUGACCUUGCCGCCUGGGCGCUGAAGCAACCCGUCUUCUUCACGGCCUCAGCGCCUCUAACCGGCAAGCAUGUCAACAUAUCGCCCAAAGGCCUCCCCU